GGCGGGGCUUGCCUGGUACUGCUGCUGCUGCUGCUGCUGUGUCGGGCUUGGAGAACGGCGGCCGUUUGAUUGGUGGGAGGGUCUGCGCGGCGACGUUUCCCCUCAGCCGUCGCGCCUUCCUUCUCUCUCUCCUCCCUCCCUCAUUCACCUGCCUGGAACCGGUCUCGCCAUGGAGGUGCAGAAAAUUCUGCCUUUCUACCAGGAGAGUGUGAGUUCUAGUCCCACCUUAGCCGUGAAAGCAGCUGGGUGACCUUGGGCCAGUCACUCUCAACCCAACUGACUUCACAGGGUUGUUGUGGGGAAAAAAAAAGGAGGCAGAAGGAAGCGUUACAAAGAAUUAUCUCCACAUUGGCACAUAAAAAUGAUGAAAUUCAGAACUUUAUUGAAACUUUAAAUCACAUUUUGGAAAGAGUACAGACUAAUUCUUCCAGUGUUAUUUCUGAGUUGGAAGAGGAAUUUGAUGGCUUAUACUCAAUACUUGAUGAAAUGAAAGAUAUGAUGACAACUAAUAUCAAGCAAGAACAAACACAUAAAAUCCAGGAACUUCAGAAUCAGCUUAGUCAAUGUAGUAAUGCCCUGGAGAACUCUGAAGAAUUGCUGGAGUUUGCUGCACGAUCGUUGGAUAUAAAAGAGUCUGAAGAAUUUUCUAAGGCUGCCAGACAGAUCAAGGAUAGAGUCACAAUGGCUCCAGCAUUCCGCUUGUCUUUGAAACCUAGAGUGAGUGACAAUAUGACACACUUGAUGGUGGAUUUUUCUCAGGAGAGACAAAUGCUUCAGGCACUGAAAUUCUUGCCAGUUCCCAGAGCUCCAGAGAUUAUUUUAACAGACUGUCUGGUAGCUGACAAUGCUGUAACAGUAGCAUGGCAAAUGGCCGAAGAAGACAACAAAAUUGAUCACUAUAUACUUGAAUUUAGAAAAACUAAUUUUGAUGGGCUUCCUCGCAUAAAAGAUGAGAGAUGUUGGGAAUCUAUAGACUACAUUAAGGGCACUGAAUAUACAUUGUCAGGACUAAGGUUUGAUUCAAAAUAUAUGAAUUUUCGUGUCCGAGCUUGCAACAAGGCAGUGGCUGGGGAUUAUUCAGAUCCUGUAACUUUAGAGACAAAAGCUCUUAUAUUCAAUCUUGAUGGCUCAUCAUCUCAUCUUAACUUAAAAGUUGAAGAUACCUAUGUUGAGUGGGACGCUACUGGAGGGAAAAGCCAAGAAAGCAAAACAAAAGGAAAAGAAAACAAAGGCAGUGGCCAGAUUACCCUUCUGAAGAACAGUACAAGAAGUGGCACUCCAUCUCCAAAGAGGUCAUCAGUUAGCUCACGCUCACCUUUGAUAAGGGGCAGCAGAGAUCGAUUUACUGGAGAAUCGUAUACAGUCUUGGGAGAUACUACAAUUGAAAAUGGACAGCAUUAUUGGGAAGUGAAAGCCCAGAAGGACUGCAAGACAUACAGUGUAGGAGUAGCAUAUAGAAACUUGGGAAAAUUUGAUCAGCUGGGAAAGACCAGUACAAGCUGGUGUGUUCAUGUCAAUAACUGGCUCCAGACUACAUUUGCAGCCAAACACAAUAAUAAAGCAAAAACACUAGAUGUCGUGGUUCCAGACAGGAUAGGAGUCUAUUGUGAUUUUGAUGGAGGUCAACUCUCAUUCUAUAAUGCAACCUCAAAGCAGUUGUUAUAUACUUUCAAAACAAAAUUUACCCAACCUCUAUUACCAGGCUUUAUGGUUUGGUGUGGUGGGCUCACAUUGACAACAGGGUUGCAAGUGCCAACAGCUGUGAAAACACUGCAGAAAAGUGAAAAUGGGUUGAGUGGUUCCACUGGUAGUCUAACCAAUGUUGUCCAGUGAUGUUCCUGGUUCACAGCUACAAUAAGAUCAAAGAACAGUUUAAUGCAUUCUUGCUACUUCCAAUAUACCUGACCACCACUAGUGCAAAAUGCUUGUAUUGAAAGUGGCUUCUAUUGAAGUAUUAGCAAGAAUGUAUUGUGGUAUAAUAGGAAAACAUUGGCUUUGACAAGGAAUAUUUCAGGUUAUGGCUGUAUGCUUCUCUUAGGCUAAACAUGACUACUUGUCUUAUGGUUGCUUGACUGAUAAUUAAUUCUGAAUGAUGUGUAACAAAGACAAGUAUGAUUUUAGUAUAACUUCCCUCCACCCCACCCCCACUGCUUUUCUCCUUUCUAGGUUUUCUAAUGAUUAGGUUUAAACUAUAAGCAACUGAACUAAACACUGACACUUAUAAAAUGGGAGUCUUUUAAUAGUCAGAAAAGAUGUCCACAAAUAGAAAAGGGGAGGAACAUGAAUUAAUAUUUUGAUUAUUGUCCUUUCAUUCAAUGUAGCUCUUUUAUUGUCAGAUUCCAAGACUUAAGUUCGUUAUUCAUCCUAAGUAAUUUUAUGUUGGUACUUUGUGUCUAUUACUUUACAGAAUGAAAGAUGUCAUCUAUAUUUCACUACUGUGCAUAUUUACAACCAAUCAGUUUAACUUAAUUUUAGAGAAGCUUCUGUUUGUUUCUUUAUGAUGUCUGUUCAUUCACGUUUGUAAAUGUUCUCAAUUAUCAGGCCUCUUUAAAUGAACUUGGUUAUGAAGCACUUCUGAAUCUUUAAGAAUCCACUCUGUCAGAGGCCUAUCUGCAGCUUGGAGUAUAUGAUCAAAUUUGCUUCUAGCACUAAAAUUUUUUAUCCUUCCUCCCUCACUGUCUAUAUUUAACUUUCUCUAAAUCUCUUGCAUAUUUUAACAAAUUUCAGAAGAGUGUAAAGAAAAGUGCUUUUUAUAUCAAAGCACAUUCAUAAUUGUCCUGUUUGAAAAAAAUAGAAAUGUGCAAUCUUAGAAAUUUGGGGUGGAUGUUCUCAGUUGAACUGUCUAUCCAAUUACUUUUCUCAGGUUCUUCUUGACGGUUCCCCUUUUCAACCAACUUGAAUCAAGUUAAAGCUGUGUAGAAAAAAUAUGUAUUUAUCAUGUAAACCAAGGAAUUGUUUACGGUGUAAUAUUCUAUAGGCAAGACUCCCUGUAUUUGUGAUACUUUUUAGAGUAUUUAAUCUCAAUUAUAUAUUACUUGCAUAUUUGACUUAUGAAAUAAAAAAAUUCUUAUAACUGGCUUGAACAUCAAAUGCCCACUCCACUGGGGAAUAAAAGGAUUAUUCAAAAAAUGUUAUUCACAUUUGGAAUUGUGAAAAUUGGUCCAAAUUAGCCUGAAUCUUGUGGAAAUUUGAAUGAUGCAGUUGUUAAAAACUAGAAUUGAUCAUUUACUUCUCAGAGGUACGUAUGUAGUGAUAUAUAUAUUCACUUCAAUUAUCCAGACAUCUAGUAAUAUUCCACAACUCACUGCUUUCUAAUUUAUUUUACUCCAUCACAGUGAUAGUUGUUUGGAGGUUUUAAUAUGCAUCUCAAAAAUAAUGUAUUAAAAAAACACCAAGAUUCUGAUCUCUAGUUUAAGGAAAAUAAGCACUGUAAAAUAGUUGAGGGAUAUUUAUUUCUGAUGGUGUUCAACAAAGUAAUCCCUUUCAGUUUAACAAAGUAAGACACAAGAGGAGAUUCUUUAAGCACUUUAGACACUUUUUCUUUACUUAUAAAGUACUUUGAAAAGAUAAUGAUAUAAUUCUUCUGAUCAGCUCUAUUUGAUGGCAAGCAUGCAGAUGUUGAAUGAAAGUAUUACGUAGUUUGUGUUUUGGGCACGGAAUGCUAGAUCAUAACAAUGGAUAGUGUUUUUCCAGUAUGUACAUAAUUUGUCUGCUUACUUACUGUAAAAUGUAUUUUUGUAUUAUAAAUAGUUUUGUUUUGUAAGUUUAUGGGAAAAAACAAAUCAGUUUUGCUGAUUUGGUAUUCAGAAAAUUAGGAAUUUUCAAUCAAUAACCGAGUACCAAAAUUUUGUAAACUAGCUUAGAAAUUGAAUAGUUGAUUAAAAUUAAAUGUUAAAUGAUGUGAAUUUAUUGUCAAAACAAGAAGUUAAUGCCUAAGCCACAUGGACAAUACUAUGGAUGAGAAUUUAAUUUAGUAUUAUUUAAAUAUUACAGCAUUAUGAUACAAGACAAAUGCUAGGAGUUCAGUUUAAUAUUACAGACUUAAAUAACUGGCUAAGGAGAAAGUAGAAAUAGUUCUUUUUUUAGUGAACUGUUGUCUCUGUUCCCUGCAUUUGCUUCUGGAUAUGCAUUCUUUAUGAGGAGAGCAGGUUUGAAGCAAAUCAUUAUGAAUACUGACAUUUGAAUUAUGCAAAUUAUAAUUUGGUACAGUAGCAUUUCUUCUGUGAGUGGUUUCACACUUGUUGACCUUACCUCUUCUAGCCAUUUGGGGCAUAUGACACUCAAUUGAACAGAUUGAGCACACUGUAUUCAAGGUCUUGCCCUAUAAACUGACUGUUCCCUUUUUCACCACUAAUAAAACAGUUCUGCACGUGCCUUUUCAAAUAGGUCCAUAUCUCUGCUGUUGGUUAUGGUAUUACAUGCUGAGAUUAGAAUGCAUAUUAUUAUUGCUAAACAAGGAUAUUGUGGAUUGAUGGUUCUGCUUCCAUUCGGUGCUUUUGUCUUAAUCCUUGAGAAAGUAUCCAAAAACAAUAAUCUUAUCCCAAUCACACUGGGUGCCUUAGAGCCCAUUGAGUGUUUUUAUUUGCUGUGUCUUUAACUCAAUCACAUCUCGGAGGGAUUUUGUAUUAAUAAACAUUGGAAAACCA